AUGGAUUCUAUGACAAGCGUUGAGAUUAAGCAAACAUUAGAAAGAGAAUUCGAAAUAUUCCUGUCGCCAAAAGACAUUAGAAGCUUAACAUUGGCUAGGUAA